AUGGCGUCCGCUGCUCGCUCUGCUACUCGCGCCUUCUUGCGCUCCACCCCAGCAAUCUCCUCUUUCCGCCCUGCCGUACGCUCUGCUCGUUUUGCCCUGCCCGCGCAGGGCUUCCGCUCGUCGGCUCGCCGCGGUUAUGCCUCUGAGGCUGGCCAGAAGAGUGGUGGCUCUGGCGCGAUCUGGGCUUUUGCUCUCGCAGCCGCUGGCGGUGCUGGUGCCUACUUUUACCUGAACGGCGAGUCUGCCCCCGCAGGCCCCUUCGUUCCCACCAAGGAGGACUACCAGAAGGUCUACGAUGCCAUUGCGCAGCGUCUGGCCAAUGAGACCGAUUACGAUGAUGGCAGCUACGGUCCGGUCCUCGUCCGUCUCGCCUGGCACGCCAGCGGUACCUACGAUAAGAUGACCGGCACUGGUGGUAGCAACGGUGCUACCAUGCGCUUCGCUCCUGAGUCGGACCACGGUGCCAACGCCGGUCUGAAGCACGCCCGUGACUUCCUGGAGCCCAUCAAGGCUCAGUUCCCCUGGAUCACCUACUCUGAUCUGUGGACUCUGGCCGGUGCCGCCGCCAUCCAGGAGCUUGGUGGCCCCGUCAUCCCGUGGAGACCCGGCCGUGAGGACAAGGACGUCGCGGCCUGCACCCCCGAUGGGCGUCUGCCUGAUGCCUCCAAGAACCAGGACCACAUCCGCGCCAUCUUCGGCCGCAUGGGCUUUGAUGACCGUGAGAUGGUGGCCCUGUCCGGUGCUCACGCCCUGGGCCGUGCGCACACCGACCGAUCUGGCUACGAGGGACCUUGGGACUUCAGCCCCACGGUCUUCACCAACGAUUACUUCAAGCUGCUCGUCGACGAGAAGUGGAGUCAGCGCAAGUGGAAUGGCCCUGCUCAGUUCACCGACAAGACCACCUCCACCCUGAUGAUGCUGCCCACCGAUAUUGCUCUCAUCAAGGACAAGGUCUUCCGCAAGCACGUUGACCGUUACGCCAAGGACCAGGAUGCCUUCUUCAAGGAGUUCUCCGAUGUCUACGUCAAGCUUCUGGAGCUCGGCGUUCCCUUCAAGACCGAGGAGCGCUUUGUCUUCAAGGCCUCUGAGUAA